AUGGUCAAAGUUCGCAAAGGUACUAAGCCGCCACCAGAUGGAUGGGAUUUAAUUGAGCCAACAUUGGAUGAAAUAGAAGCUAAAAUGCGUGAAGCAGAAUUAGCACCUCACGAAGGCAAACGUAAAGUUGAAACAUUGUGGCCAAUAUUUAAAAUUCAUCAUCAAAAAUCACGCUAUAUUUAUGAUCUCUAUUAUAAACGAAAAACGAUUAGUAAAGAAUUGUAUGACUAUUGCGUGAAGCAAUCGGUUGCAGAUAAAAAUCUAAUUGCACAAUGGAAAAAGCAAGGUUAUGAAAAUCUUUGUUGCCUUCGUUGUAUUCAACCUCGCGAUACAAAUUUUAAUAAGAAAUGUAUUUGUCGUGUACCAAAAGAAAAAUUAGAAGAAGGCAAAGUUGUUGAAUGUGUUCAUUGUGGAUGCCGUGGAUGUUCCGGUUAA